CCCAACGAACAGACGUCAAAUGUACUGUCAGAGUAGUUCUGCAAUUUAAUAUGCCAGUUCGAUCAUUGGGUGGAUAUAUGUGGUAAUCUCAUGUAAUACACAGUAUGAAAAUAAAGUAGUAUGCAGUUACAUAUUGUCGGUUGCUCCUCGUACUACGACGCUUAAUAUUUGAUAAACCGACGUCUUGUGACCAUGGACAAAAUAGCCAAAGAUGUUGGUGACAUUCAGUCUCGGUUGUUGGACCAUAGACCCAUCCUAGAGGGAGAGAUCAGGUACUUCAUAAGAGAAUUUGAGGAGAAGCGUGGCUUCAGAGAGUGUCGGUUGUUGGAAAACCUUAACAAGACUGUGGCGGAGGCCAAUGGGCAAGCUAUUCCUAAAUGCAUUGAAAGCAUGCAGGCAACUUUAUUUGAAGCACUCACACGAUUGGAAGCUGCAAAUCAUAUGACGCAGAGGAUCCAGCAGAGGGCGCUGGAAGCCCAGCAUAACACGUGCCUGCGGGAGUGUAUGCAAAGGUAUAAUGAGGACUGGCAGGAGUUCCUGAGGUUGCAGGCCCAGCUGAAGAAGGAGGUGGAUGAAGAGCAUGCUAGAGCCGUGAGCAGACUCAGCACACAGUACAGCGAGAUGGAGAAGGACCUCGCCAAGUUCUCACACUUCUGACGUACCUGCGAGUGCUGGUUCUGAGGUGGCAUGCUUCUGCUAGCCUCUCUGUGCAGCAGGGCACCAAGCCACAAGGUCUUCCUCAAACCCUGAUUACUGGCGGCUGUAUUAAACCUCACUCCCAGAGAUAGACGUGUCCUACUGGUUUCCAGGUUAGACUUGGAACUGUAUUUGAAUGUCACAUUAAGAAUGCUUUAUAAGGCAAGUCUUUACAUUAUGUAAAAUAUCAAGUGCGUUAAAUUGCGUGUGGUCAGGACAAGUAAACAUGAUGGCAUGUAUACUGAUUUUUUUUUAAAAAGCAAAAUGUCUGGUAUCAUAUUGGAUAUUUAGUCUGAGAAAUACAUCAGUCAAGCCCAAGCAUAACUGUUCGUGUGUAUAAAAUGAUAAUGGAAUACAGAGUAUGUUAAUGGAACCUUUAGCUCAUUGUUUCUUUUCCUUUUUUAAAAUACGAUAAAAUGGUUGUUUUUAACAAAUCAAAGCCAAUGUAUUGUCCUGUAUUGGUCAGUAUUGUUUUCAAGCCUGCUUGUGUGUCUGCUCAUAAAAAAAAAAAAACAUUUUAAGGAUUUUUAGAGCAGAGAUGAGACGAGUCACACCACAAGAAUGUGACAUCGCAUUAGAUUACUAAAAUGCCAUUUGAUUAUUACCAGAGCUGUUCAGCAGAACUUUAGUUUGCAGCUUUCUCCAGCUGUUGCAGAUGACUACAAAGAAAAGGUCCAGUGUCCUAAUUUUGCUACAUUGAACUACAAUGGCUGUAUAUGGCAUAGUAGGACUGUCCUAUAUAAUGUGGCUGUAAAAUUAAGCUCCUUAGUGGGAGUUAAUUUUCAAAUUAAAAUUUUGUAUUUAUGAAUUUUAAAUUUUGCAUCUGACAAUAGUGAGCUGGUGGAUAGAAGAAAUGUAAUGUGAUUUAAUGAAUGAUGAAAUAUUUGGCCUGUUGAAAUAUAUUGCCAAGUUGAUGGAUUAAAGCAUGAGUGUAUACCAAUAACUUUAAAACAAAUCCACCGGUAGCCUAUUUUGGAGGACUUUGUGCUAGCACAAGGUUGUUGGUUUGAGUCCCAGCUCUGCCAUGCAGCCACUGUUAGGCCCUUAACCCUCUCAGUUCUGAAAAUCAUCAGAGCACAGAAUCAGUCAUUGUACAGCGCUCCCAAAUGCAUUUUGUUUUCUUGUAAUGAGCAAUGACAAAUAAAUCAAAUCACUGAAUUAUACUAAA